CCCUCCUCCCACGAGCUGUCAGAGCAGCUUGUUGCACGACCAGCUUUUUGGUAAACUAACUUGAGUUCGGCGUUAAAAUCUAAGCCAGCUGCCUGACAAAUCGCGCUUCGCGUGGACCGACGAGAAUGUUCGCUUCGGUUAAAAAACAAGCCUUAAUUCCUUUGACUUAACGAGUCAUUUGCCGCAGUUUCCAUCGAGCUCUUUUGCCGUCUGCGUGAUUUGUGGUCAAGAAACGGCACAGCAGCGGCAGGUCAUGGUAACCAGAUCCCAGACAGAAGAAAGUGCCUUCUCUGACGACGUUCCUACUUGAAGCUGCUCGCCACUCCCAUUCUACACUGUAAACAACACUGGCUUGGCCUCUGAAAAGAUCUCAAUUCCUCAGACUUGCCAAAGCACAAGGAAACGACACGCUUUUUCCAUUCACGGACAUUAUUAGAUAUCGUUCCAAGGAGAGCCGUUGCCUUCAGAUAUUGCCAUCGACAGCAGUCGAGCUCAAGACCAUUUGGAGACCUGGAGCAUGUACUUAUUGUCGCCCCGUUGUUGUGCACCUGGGACUAAAUGACUGAUGAACGAGAUUGACAGCUUCACUGAUAGCCACCAUCUCCCAUGCGACAGCCAGCGGGGGUCUGAAUGUGACGUCUCUAUUUAAAGGGCCUCACCGACAAACCUCAAAACUAGACGCAAAACAACACAGAAAUACAUUCGCAGACUAUUUGAACCCGAAGCAACAAUCCCGCAACCGACACCAUAGAGCCUGCAGGUUCUCAAACAACUAUGGCUUUAAACAUCGCAUCGAUGCGAGACACGAAAUGGCUGACGCUCGAGGUGUGCCGGCAGUUUCAGAGAGGGACGUGCUCGCGCAGCGACGAGGAAUGCAAAUUCGCACACCCGCCCAAGAGCUGCCAGGUGGAGAACGGACGGGUGAUCGCCUGCUUCGACUCGCUGAAGGGUCGGUGUACGAGAGAGAACUGUAAGUACCUUCACCCACCGGCGCAUCUGAAGACGCAGCUGGAAAUCAACGGACGCAACAACCUCAUCCAGCAGAAGACUGCAGCAGCGAUGCUGGCGCAGCAGAUGCAGUUCAUGAUCCCUGGCACCACCAUGCAACCAAUGCCUACAUUUCCUGUCAGCCAAGGUCUGGGCUCGAACCAUGGACUGAGUUACGCACCGUAUCUGACUCCCAUGAGCCACGGCAUGGGCCUGGUCCCCACAGAGAUGCUCCCCAGCACCCCUGUCAUUGUCCCCGGCAGCCCGCCGGUCAACGUGCCGAGCUCGUCCUCCACGCAGAAGCUCUUGCGCACAGACAAACUCGAGGUGUGUCGUGAGUUUCAGCGGGGCAACUGUGCACGCGGCGAGACCGACUGCCGCUUCGCCCAUCCUAGCGACAGCCCGAUGAUCGACACGAGCGACAACACGGUCACCGUGUGCAUGGACUUCAUCAAGAGCCGCUGCUCGCGCGAGAAGUGCAAGUACUUCCACCCUCCGGCGCACCUGCAGGCCAAGAUCAAAGCAGCCCAGCAUCAGGCCAACCAGACCGCCGUCGCAGCACAGGCCGCCGCUGCAGCCAUGACUCAGUCGACUGCCAAAGCAAUGAAGCGACCCCUCGAGGCAUCUGUAGAUCUGGCAUUUCCCCAUGGAGUCCUGCAGCCGCUACCAAAGAGACCGGCACUAGAAAAGAGUAACGGGGCCACGCUCUUCAACCCCAGUGUCUUGCACUACCAACAGGCUUUGGCCAACGCACAGCUCCAGCAGCCCACCGCUGCGUUCUUUCCCACAGGGUCAGUUCUGUGCAUGGCUCCUGCUAGCAGCAUUGUACCCAUGAUGUACAGUGCUACGCCUGCUACUGUCUCUGCAGCAACAACUCCUGCCACAAGUGUCCCCUACGCAACAACAGCACCAGCCAAUCAGUUUGUGCAGAUCAUCUUGAAGUAAACCACCGAAGAGGAACAACGGGGUGUCAGGAAGCUGCUUUGAGAAACCCAAAAAGAUCCCCGUGUAUAUACGACCUGCCCUCCUCCCCUUUAGAACUACAGCAACCUGCAUGCUAAAGCGUAACACACACAACACAAAAACACACACCGUAUACCUGUUAUGCUCGGAGAAGUGACUCAACCGGAUUCUAACUUAAAAAAACAAGACUAGAAAAUAUAUAUAAAUAUAUAUAUAUAUAUAUAUAUAUGUUAAUGUACAGCACGUUUCAUAGAGGCAUAAGUGAGAUUUCAUCUGAAUGAUCGGUCACCUGUCAGAUAAUGUGUAUUUUUCUCCCAUGGUUGUUUUAAAUAUAAAUGCACAAUGAGUGAGCGACGAGCGAAGACACACACACACACACACAUGGUUUGCACUGUUGGAAAUAGUGCUUAAUAAUAAGUGCUUGAUUGUCUUGAACGGGAGGACGUCUCCUGCAGAGUAUGUCUUAAACAUCCCCAUGCACCCUCUAGAGAGGGGAAAGAGGGAUUUUGUUUCUUGUUUUAAUACACAAAAACACCGAAUGUCACAUGACGGACACACAGAAGAUUGUCUACUGGUCAAAAUGCGCCUCCCUUCUUGGACACGCACUAUCUUUGGAAAGAUAUUAUUCCCAAUUCUUCAUCCCCACUGGCCAAAGAAAGGUUUACAAGGACACAAAGCGCAUACCGGUCGAAAAAACCAGUCAGCGUCGCAAGUGCGAAUGUGGCAAACCGCGUGCCAUGCAACCACGUUUCUGUCUGCGUCUCUGCUAAAGGACUGUGUUUUACUCCUUCCUUUUUUGUUUUUAAAUGGACGCUGAAUGAUUUCGAUGUGUCUGUGGAAACACUGGCCAUCAGGGAGUCGACUCUGGCUUCUAUCCCGUGCCAAGGGCUUACAUUAAACUGGAGAGCUGCUGUAAACAAACUCACACAUGAGACGGACUUCUUCUCCAAAUUGUCUGGGGCCUGUUCGUAGUCCCACUCACAUGGUGCCCAGCGAGCGGAAACGACGAGGAGGACAACGAGGGGAAAAUGUUGCAGUAGACGAUCUUUGAGGCGUUGUGAAUGGAGAGCGCUGCGCUCUCGCCGAUAAUCCUGUUUUAUUUGAUAAACAGUAGAAGUGCCUAAAAAAAAAAAAAAAAUCUAUUUUACACAGCAAGCAUCUUGAGAAGAUGACUUUAUGUGGGGUUGGGGGUUAUAAAAACAUUCAAAGCGAAGCUCCCGAAAUGAUUUUGGCCAGACAAGUGAUGAAAACAAAAAAAAAAAAAGUUAAAUGCAUUUCAUGCACAUCAUGGUCUGUUUCAUUACACAAUAUCGAUGUUGCUAGAAUCGGAGCGAGACGGCAUAGGCGGAAUGUUUGUUUUGUUGUACGAUGUUAGCUUUUAUGCUUUCUUGGAGUAGUUGACAUUUGGAAAUGUAAGAACUUGGAGCUCAAUGUCUGUAACACACGUGACGUUUUGAGUUUGGUAAACGAUUGUCAUUGCGGUGUGUUCUUAACCAGUUAUGUUGUUGAGUCUGAGGACUGUCUGUUAAAGGGACGGCUCACCCAAAAAUGAAAAUUUGCUGAAAAUGUACUAACCCGAGAUGCAGAUGAGUUUGUGUCUUCAUCAGGUUUGGAGAAUUGUAGCAUUGCAUCAGUGUCUCAGCAAUGAAUCCUCUGCAGUGAAUGGGUGCCGUCAGAAUGAGAGUCCAAACAGCUGAUAAAAACAUCACAAUAAUCCACACCACUCCAGUUCAUCAGUUAACAUCUUCAGAAAUAUGAACAGAUUAAGCACCAUUUACAAGCCAAAACAGCUCUAAGCAAACAUGUGGCUGGAUUUUGUUGUGAGAGACAACAGGAGAUGGACUUUUUCACUGGAGUUAGUGUUGUUAUGGAUUAUGGAGUCAUAUUUUAACCAAAAGCAAUGCUUUGAUAUAGGGAUGGGCAUUCUAAGCAAAAAUAAUAUUUGAAAAUCGCACCCCUCCCCCGCAUGCAUGCACAAACACCCAUAAACAGAGAGAGAGAGACGGAUUCACGCUUUCAAUCUGUAUGAUAAACUCUUUAAUUCAGAAGAUAGACUACCUUAACUCAAGCCAUAUAAUGAUUGUAAAGUGUUGAAACAUAUUAAAUAAUAUAAUAAACAUAACCGAAUGACAGCACUUAUUAACAUAACAGUCUGUCGAUUAGCAUAAAUCAACUGCUCAUAAGGCUAGGGACGUUUCCAUUUCCAAAAAUAGAUAUAAGAUGGGAAGAUACUUACAUGAACGCGUCACCACCGCAUCAGCACGGAAAACAUGGGGAAACAACCCAUUCUAUACUCUAUAAUUAAGUCAAUUAAUCGAAUAUUCGAAAAUCGUGACCCGUCACUAAUUUGACGUUAAAAAUGUCUUAAUAAUGGACUCGUUUCUCAAAAACAGCUUUUUUCUUCUCUAGAUGUUAACUGAUGGACUGGAGUGGUGUGGAUUAUUGUGAUGCUUUUAUCAGCUCAUUCUGACGGCACCCAUUCACUGCAGAGCAUCCGUUGGUGAGCAAGUGAUGGAGUGCUACAUUUCUCCAAAUCUGAUGAAGAAACAAACUCAUCUCCAUCUCGGAUGGCCUGAGGGUGAGGACAUUUGCAGCAAGGUUUCAUUUUUGGGGGUGAACUGCUCCUUUAACAAACACAUCUGUCAUUUUCUUACUAUAACAAAUCAUCUAACAGCAUUGUUUAGUUUUUAUUUGGAUGGUGUUUUACCUGGAGUAGCGCGCACGGCCUUCUUUUCCUCCCUGAUGUGUGAUGGGUGAAGCGUGUGUAUCUGCAUGCCUGCGCGCGUGUGCGAGUGUGUUACCGAUCCAAUCAGAACCAUCAUGUAUUUUCAUGGUGCUUGAUUAACACAGACAAUCCACCAAGAGACGUUUUGUUUCGCAGGAAUAUGGCACUGGUCUUAGCAUUUUUGUUUUUAAAUUCAUGUCAUUUUUUUUUCCUUUAGGGUUUUUUUCGCUGUUGUCGCAAAAGUUACAGUUUUAAUGUAAUUUUUGACGUGGAAAGUGAUUUAAAUAUAUUUUAUUGUCAUUCUGUUCAUUCUUUAUUUUGUUUUGUUAAAUACUAGAACACAGAACAAUGGUGUAACCUAUUUUAAAAAUGAAUGUAAUUUAUUAAGCCAGGCUUAGCUACGCGCAGCGGUCCUCGGCCAAUCAGGAGCCGCUUCUAGAUCUCUCUCGUUCGGGACGCCGCGUCGUAGCGUAAGCGAGGCUAUAGAAUUGCUUGUGUUAUGUAAAAAUGUUUAUUGUAUAGGUAAUGUUUUACCAAAAAAAAAAAAAAAACACUAAAAUGUAAAAAAAAAAGUCAAAAAAACAAACAAAACAAAACUCUGUAGUAUGAUAGUUAUUUCAUAAUAAUAAUAAUAAUAAUAUUAAGUUGUUGCUGUGGCAACCUAAAAAGUUGCGAAUACUAAAUUUUGGUAUUUUUGUAAAUGAUGUAAUUGUUAAGUUGAUUUUUUUUUUUUUUCUUUUUUUUUUUUUUUUUUCCUAGAGCACUGUAAAACGUUAGAUUGUAAAGCAGAUAUUGGAACAUUUCCUAUUUUAUGUCGAGAUUAUAUUACCAGGAGAUUUUUCGGUAGCAUUUAACGGCCUCUUUAUUGGUGUAACAUUUAAGAUAGUAGUAAAUACUCACAGAUACGAUAGUGUGACGUAACUUAAGAAACGACUCUAGUGUUGGGUUAACCCGCGCCCCGUCCCCUUCCCCGUUUUAGAUUGACAAAGGAUCUCAAGUACUCGUGAAGAUCGUUUUUUUUAAUAUUAUUUAUGAAAGUUGUCCUGGUUUGUUCAACAACUUAAACGAAUUAACGAUUGCACUUUGAUUUCAUGUAACCGUAGGAUGUUCAUUUCAAAAACCGAUGCACAAUGAAUAUGGUAUGGCAACACGAAUCAAUGACGGUUGUUUUAUUGCUUUAGAUAAGCCAGAGAGCUAAAUAUUCAGUAAGCAUCUUGCAUGGUAUUUUAUGUCAAAUUAAGAAGUUAUUUUCAAUUUAACCUGAGAAAAUAAAAAAAAGAAAUAUAUUGAAUGUUUCUAUCUACACUAUUAAAAAAAAAAAAAAAACCUGCACAUGUGAUGAAAGUAACGGUUGUCCUUAAUUUGGGAUUUUUUACACCCCAAACGAAAUGUACAGAGUUGUGGGACAAAACAGUUGUUGACUGAUGGUGAAAAAGCACUUUGGAAUCAGUUGAUAUACUGAGCAGACACAGCGUAUCCAAACACUUUGCCUUACCUUUAGUCCAUUGUUUAAGCUUUUGUGUUUCAGAGCUAUUAAUAUGUACUAGGGUGUCAACAGGUCUACUGAACUUACUUCUCACCUCCAUUUAUAUAUGAAUAUAUACUAUACCUGUAACUAAUGUAAGAGUUUUUUAUGAUUAUUAUUAUUUUAAAGCAUUGUCACUGAGAGGCCAAAAGGUUUGACGGUGUUGAUGCUUUUCAAUGCCCUUUCCUGUUUGCGACGAGACACCGUUCUCAAGGGAUUGUGGGUAUUUACGCUGUGCUGCUUGACUUCCAUCAGUAAUGCAGUAGCCCAUCCACACACAUACACACACAUUCAAAGAGAUAAUACGAGAAGAAAAUUAUAAACCAAGCCCUCUUUGGAUAAUAUUAGUUUUCAUGUAACCAUUUUAAAUGUUUUAUUUGUGCAUAUAUAUUAUGUGCUAUUUUAUGUCAUAUAGUCAAAUGUUUUUGGUUCCAGAAAAAUAGUGUAAAAUCUAUUGAGACAAAAUGAAUAAAGAAAGAAAAAAAGGA